CAGCGAUCGGCUUCGCUCUCCGAGGACCGUGCAGCCCGGGGCGAGUAGCCCUGUGUCAGGAGUGCAGUCCGGGGGUCUGGACAGGCGAGCACUUACCGCUACACACCCUACUAAACCAAAAUGACUCCGGCUCUCACCGAAACUGCUACACAAGGCCCUGAAGUCCACUUCUCCCCUUCCUUGGCCUUGCGGAGUCUGAGUCCAGAUAAUAAUACAUUGUGUGUGGAUAGUUCUAAGGCUGCGGAGCAAAUAAACCCUUCCAAAGCAAACCCAUCUACAUUGGCGUACACUGAUGCAGAGCAAUGUCUUCAGAAAACUAUUACAAACUUGGACCAAGUUGGCUCCCAACCCUCUGCAAGUUAUCAUACUGUAUUCCUUUUCACGUCAAGUGCUGCUCUGAAUGCACAGAAUAAAGGCAGUCCUACAUAUAACAUGGAGGAAUGGGACUCAUGUAGACAGAGGUUCCAGAUGAAGAAAGACACACACUCUCUACACUCCGGAAUGUCCUCUCACCCGGACAGAAAAGUCAAAAGGGAGCUCUUCCCCGGUAACAUGAGCCAGAUUUUAGCAGAUGUACCCAGAUUGUGGGAUAGAUCCGUGAAAGAGAAUCAAGACAUGGAUGAAUUGAAACAUCUGAACUAUAAAGCGAAUGGAAAAAAGGCAGAAAAGAUGCUUCCUUUUCCAUGUUCUAGUAGCUCCUCUUCCCCUGACUUAUCUGGUUUUUCCAAUGUGGCAGAAGACACACCUGAUAAAGAAAGUGAAAUAAACACCCGCCUUUUACAUUGUCUGAAACGGCAACAAGUGAUCCUAAAUCGAGCAAAAAGAAAUCGCAAACGUCUGCAGUGCUUUCUGGCACAUCUUGCUGCCGAACAUUGCAACCAGCAGGUAAAAUGUUUUGUAGAUCGCCAGAAGCAGAAUGUGGAGGUCCCUAGCACCUCUGUCAGAAACCAUAACAAUCACACAUGCAAGGAUGCUGGAAACGCUUCGAAGGUCAUCGGCCAACAGGAUGUUAAAAAUGGAUUCAAUCGCUCCAUGGAAAGUGCGUUAAGAAAGUUCUCAGUGUCUUCAGUAGGGAUUAUGAGGCAUAUUGAGCAGGAACUGGAUUCUGAUGCUACAGAAAGCAGCUCUGAUGAAGAUUGUAAUAAAAGUCCACCAAAUGUUCACUAUAAAUGCAAAUCUGAGUGGAACUGGCUUUCAAUUAGAGCAAGCAUUGGGAGUCGCUGGGUCUGGCUACAGGCUCAGAUUUCCGAGUUGGAAUACAAAAUUCAGCAACUUGCAGAUAUUCACAGUCAGAUACGCAACACAAAGGUCACGGUAAAGUUGGAAGAAAACUCUAAAAGCAUUUGCAGGCAGCCUCCACGUCUGCCAGAUCCAAGCACUUUAUUAAGCCCUGUGGGGAGGUUACAAAGUGCCCCAGUGGGAACAAAUCUAUCUCCAGCAAAGGAUUUAGAAAUGUCGCCAAGCAGUCCAACUCUGCUUCUGAGAAAUAUCGAAAAGCAGAGUGCUCAGCUCACAGAAAUGGUCAACAGCCUUAUAAUCCCAGGUGGCAUCUCCCCUACGGACACUGCAAAAUCCAACGGGUUUCCUUACAGAGCUCCGAGGCAGAAUGACAAGGGAUCCCGGUACUUGAAUGGAUUCUGUGAUCAGCAGCAAAUAAAAAGAAGAAAAAGGAACCAUGUUAAGGCUUCUUCCUCUCUCAAAGGCAACAUCAGCAGCUCAGCUCGGACCAGACCUCUGAAGACGUUCCAGAAGAGGAAGCUCUACAAGCCAAGUUUGCAUUGUUCACCAGCCAAGUUGGCUAUACUCUCCACUGAAUCUUUAUUUCCGUACGAUGAGUCACUACUCAACUCUUACCGUAGCUCCACCUGGACUGGUUGUAACAAGCAGGAAAGUUUUGGAUCGAUGAGCCAAACAAUCUGUGAGAUAGACCCAACAUUUCACCCUGUCUUAUCGUUGCCAUCUGAAAUCCCUCUUAAUUUACACUUUGAUGUGUUGCUGAGGAACAGUGAAUUUAAGAGAGAAGCUUUCACCAACACGUUAUUCACAGCAAAAGAGGAAAAUUCUCCUGUUCAUGCAUCAGCAAGUUGGACUAAUGGUCACAAAUCUAGCUGCAGACCCCAGGUGUGCUAUGAAAUGCGCACACGGGAAAGAAGACACAUGAGUGAAAAUGAAGCCGAUGACUUGUCUGUCAUGUCGGAUCCUUUCAGAAAUGUACAGGUUGACAGUGGAACUUCAUCUGCUCAAAAGCCCUCUGCACAGAAAUGCCUUGCGCGUGACUCCAACAGUCUUUCACGCCGCAGGUUAAGGAGUGAAAAUGCUUACGACAUUGACAACAUUGUAAUCCCCAUGAGUUUGGUUGCACCAACAAAGGUGGAAAUUCUACAGUAUAAAGAAAUUCUCACUCCCAGCUGGAAGAUGGUUGUACUUGAACCUUUAGCAAUAAAACCUGAGGUGAGAUCACAAGACCUGUCAGAUGAGGCUAUCUCCUGCAGACAUAAAAAGUAUGAGCUGAAAGAAAAGGCCCGUUGGUCAUUGUGGGAGCAAAGCAAAUGGCCCAAGCGGAGCAGAUCUUCAAGCAAUAGCUUUGGUGUCUGGACAGGAAAUCUCUUGGCUUCAGAUGAAAACAGCAGGAGUCCUACUGUAUUGUUACCUGGUUCCCAAGACUCUCCAUCAGCUGAUACAAAUGAUUCACAGAACCCACAAACUGCAGAUGAGACUUGCCAAGAAAAGAUAGAGCAAUGGGAACCCAGGGCCUUCCCAUUGACAGAAAAAACGGCAUUAUCAUUGCUAAAUGAAGUGGCCAAACACCCGCAGUGCACUUCCAUACUUCAGCCACCCCAAUCUGAUGCUGAAGGUGCGCAACACUCAGUUGGCGAUUCAGAUCUAACGUGACAUUGGAAGCGGUUUGCAUUCACAAUUUGUCAUACCCAGAGGAAAAUGAAGGUUGCACAUGGGACCUACUAGCCAAAAAACUACAAGUGACCUUUCAGCUACCCUGUACCCAAAGACUGUUUCUUCUGACCCUGCAGGCUGGGGUUACAAAGACGUGCUAUUCUGUGUUGUACUUGCCAAUAGCUGCUGCAGGCAAGCAGGAAGAAGAAAAUGGAUUCAGUGUGUAUUUGUAUAUAGUGUUUUUUGGUUGUUAAAAUAAAAAACUAACACUUGUUCAGAAUUACUGGCCAUUUUGCAAAGGAGACACAAGGUGAUAAUGAGCCUGUGCAUAUAUUACUUGUUUAAAAGUAUUCCCCCACAUUUCCAAUUAAUCAGUUUAAUGGUAAGCUUGUUUAAGCUGGGCCCUCUUCACAUUUUGUUCCUGUUCGCAUUUGUUGUUUGUAUUUCUUUGUUCUGUAUUGACCCCCACAAUGUAAAGCUUUGUGGAAUAUUUUCGCACUAUAUAAAUAAUGUAUCACAGAGGAGUAUAUUAAAAGGUACAAGACAGGAGGACGAGUUACUCAGGAGCAGUAAUUGUCCUUGAUUUGUGUGCUAAAUUUCCCAUCAUGCUCUCUCUCUCUAAGGGCUUGGUUGAGAAUUGUGGCUAUUGUACUUAAAACAUCAAUGGUGCUGUGGUUGGUCAUAAUUGCUCUACAACAGGGUUAUCCAAACUCUGGCCCUCCAGAUGUUGCUGAACUUCAACUCCCAUGAUUCUUUGAAAGAAAUAGCCCAAGUACCAUAGGAGUUGUAGUUCAGCAAGGCCAGAGUUUUUAAACCCUGCUCUAGAAUCACUGUAAACUGAUGCACUGCAGUAUUUUAUUGGUCUUUUUUUUGAUCUGUUUAGAAUAUUACCAUUCCUUCAAACUACAGUAGAAAUGAGCCCAAGUGGAGAAUACAUCAGCACCUUGUAUAAAUUACACUGUCGCAAAACAUAGGUGAAAAGGAGACUUCUAAUUUUGUCUUUUAACCAGACUAUGGACUAUUCAAUGUGUUCUAUUUUAUAUUAAAGUUAUUUCUGUAUUUUAAGUGUGUUCUCAAUUAAUUGGAGAUCAGAAGUGGUUUGUCUUUCCAGUGACUCGGUGGUAGGUGUUUAUCACCCAAUCAGCAAAGCACUUCUAUAACAAUGCAUUUGACUUACUUAGCACUGUACAUGAAUACUAAUCACAGAGCCAUUGCACAUAUUCCCUUACUAGAGAAAGGUCAAUGUACAUUUAUAUAACUAUGAUUAAGGUAGCAUGCAACCCCCUCCUGUGGCGCUGUGUGCAGACUGCAGAGAUCACAAAAAUGCUUGUGGUGGUCUUUAACACAGGUCUAAAUU